UUUCCCGGAAAAUAUUCCAAGCUAUAAAUGCAACACCUUCCCCCUUCACUUCACUCUCCAGCACCUUUUUCACUGCCCAAUACUCCCAUUUUCGACUUAUUCCUCGAUUGUGAACAUUUUCUGUUCUAUUUGAUGGCUGUGAGCUGCUUUUGAAUCUAGAUUUUUGAAGCGGUUUUAAUUAGAUCUUCUUCUUUGUUAGAUAUUUGAGAAUUUUGAGCUUCUUGGAGAAGUUUCGUUGUUGUUUUUGAGUUCCAGAAUCUUGGUGUUAGUUUCAGGGGGAUUAAAGAAAAUCUUCUAUUAUCAGGUUGAAACUCCGCCAACAAUUGCAUAAAGAAGAAGGAUGUGGUUAACCUGCAUUUUGAUAAUAUGAAGACCACACAGGGCUCUAAAGAAUCAGCUCAAGCUUCUCGUGAUUCAACAAAUGAGAAAGCAAAUGAGAAAGAAAAUGACAAAUUAAAUACAACUGAGGCACCUAUUACAGAUUCAAGUUCUGUAUCUGCAACGAGCAAUGACAGCAAGAGAGUCUCACCUCAAGAUAUUGAAUUUGUCCAGAAUUUAAUUGAGCGGUGCUUACAAUUAUACAUGAACAGAGACGAGGCGGUUAAAACGCUCCUGACUCGUGCAAGAAUAGAUCCUGGAUUUACAACUCUCGUAUGGCAGAAAUUGGAAGAAGAAAAUGCCGACUUUUUCCGAGCAUAUUAUAUAAGGUUGAAAUUGAAAAAACAAAUCCUCUUAUUCAACCAUUUGCUUGAGCAUCAAUAUCACCUCAUGAAGUAUCCUAUGCCUCCCAAGGUUUCAUUGGCACCUAGACAGAAUGGGAUUCACCCUAUGCCUGUUAAUAAUAAUAACUUACCUAUGGGGUAUCCAGUCCUUCAGCAAUCUAUGGCUCCAGUCCCAGGUCAACCCCUUGUUGAUACUAUGAGUAAUGGAAUAUCAAGUUGUCAUAUAGUCAAUGGAGUCCCUGCACCAAGUAACUAUCAUCCUAUUCGGAUGAAUUCUGGAAACGAAGCAUUGUCAUCAAUGUCAGAGAUUCCUGUGAGUCCUACAUCUGUGGCAUCCAGUGGUCAUUUCCCAUUCUCAGCAUCAGAAAUCUCCGGAAUUGGAGCAGAGACUUCAAAUCUUGAAACUGUCUUCACAUCGGACGUUGCGAAUUCUGUAGGUUUGCAACUUCCACCGGAUGUUACAGAUGGAAAUUCUCGGGAUCCUUUCCGAUCAUUGGAUCAAAUUCAAUGGAACUUCAGUCUGUCAGAUCUUACAGCAGAUUUGUCGAAUUUGGGAGAUUUAGGAGCUUUGGGAAAUUAUCCUGGUUCUCCAUUUCUGCCUUCUGAUUCGGAUAUUUUGCUCAAUUCUCCAGAAAAUGAGGAUUUAGGCAACAUCUUCUUUCUCAAUGCCCUUCCAUACCGAUAUGUUUCCGGUGUCCAAAUACUCCCUAAAAAUGUGAUAAACUUCACUAAAUCAACACGAAAGUUGAAGAGAUACGAGCCUCAUGAUAAUUCAAGGAUGUUCGUCUCUUCCAACUCUCAACUUCUGAAUCGAAAAGUGUCGCUCGCCUCUACUUUAGCUUUCCCUAAAUGCUUCUCAAACUCCCAUUUCCUACCCUGCCGUGUAAGUUUGUCAUAAAUUACAUUUCUAUAACUCAUCGACUCACUCGCCCACAACUCUCAUCUUGCUAUACAUGUCGACUGUUGGGGUCAAUCGGAAUGGCAUUGUUAAAUUCUGCAGUUGAAGGUGUAUGUCAUUGUGUACUGCUUGACAC